CUAAGUUACACCAACGCACUGCACCGCACGCGCCACUAGGCCUUCACCGAAGUACGAUUGGGAGUGCUGCAAUAGUCAGGGAUUUCAGUGAUAUACGUAGGUCCUAUUUCCCUGCGGCUGACACGAGGAAGGGACAAUCCUCAACUGCAGUCCAUCUGACAAGUGACAGAUGGGUAUCAAGAAAAACAAAGAGCCAUUGCGUGAGUCAUCUUCAGAAGAGGAGGAGGAGGAGGAAGAGGAACAGUAUGUUGUGGAGAAGAUUAUUGACAAGCGGAUAAGGGGUGGGAAGGUGGAGUACCUGCUUAAGUGGAAAGGAUAUGGAGAUGAGGACAAUACAUGGGAACCUGAAGAAAACCUAGACUGCCAAGAAUUGAUUAGAGAUUUUAAUGCUGCAAGAGAGGCAGAAGCAAAGAAAGAUGACAAGAAGAGGAAAUCAGAUAAGAACCCAGCAGCAGGUAGUUCUGCUGAUGAUAAGAAGAAGAUGAAAAUGUCCAGAGAGGAGGACAGUCGACCUAAAGGUUUUGACCGGGGCUUAGAGGCAGAGAAGAUCAUUGGAGCCACAGACACCAAUGGGGAGUUGAUGUUCCUAAUGAAGUGGAAAGAUGCUGACGAAGCUGACCUUGUACCAGCCAGAAUUGCCAAUGUUAGAUGCCCACAAGUGGUGAUAAAAUUCUACGAAGAGAGACUCACCUGGCACCAAAAUUGAUUUUUAAAAUGCCAUCCCAUGAUCCUCAUCUCUUAUUUGUGGGGAGUCUCAUCUCAUUCUCAUGAGCAGGCUUGUGGAACCUGAUUUCUGUACUUUCCCUUUGAUGUGAGACAGAAACUACACCACGCAGCUCCAUUUCUUCCUGAUUUAAUUUUUUCUCACAUUCAUGUGUAUAUAACUUGUGUCUCUGAAGAAAACCUUCCAAAUGAAAGAGGUCUUGUGUAGGGCUGUCUAGUUGGGGGAAACUUGUUGGGUGGGUCCAUGAAUAAAAGUCUCCCAGAAAA